AUGGGGAACUCUGUAGAGAACACCUUCAAAAACGACGCAGAGUCGGUAGUCCGUUGCUCAGACUCCAAUGUGCCUGGCACAAGACAGAUCACAAAAGAGGACGGGACUUCCGACGUGGUUUUGGUGCCUCAACCUUCCUCUGACCCGAAUGACCCUUUGAACUGGUCACGGGGACGCAAAUACUGGCACAUGUUUGUAAUAUUGUUCUGGUGCUUCAUAGUCAAUGCAGCGCAAGUUCCCACCAGCUUUAUCGCAUGGACCAGUCCAGCCUGGGCGACCUGGGUUGUGGACCUCAACACAACUUACACGGACUUGAGCAACGGGGAAGGUAUCCUGGUAUUUCUGUGCGCAUUCGGAUGUCUGGUAUUUCAGCCAUAUGCUCUCAAGUACGGCCGACGUUUACCGUACGUUGUGGCUUCUGCAUUCGUGCUUGUUGGACUCGCACUUGGCCUGGCAAUGAAGAGCAUCGCUUUCUUUUACGCCUACACUGCUCUCUCAGGAUUCGGCUCUGGGCCGGUCGUUGAUAUCAUGUUCCUGCAUCAGAGGGGAACUUGGUUAGGCAUAUACUGUCUUGUGCUCCUCGUUGGUAACUUCCUUCCUCCAGUGGCGGCAGGUUACAUCGUCGACUCUCAAGGAUGGCAAUGGUGUUUCAAAUAUCUGCUCGUGUUCAUGAGCCUUGCCACUUUAUUGCUGGUCUUCGGAGCGGAGGAAACCCUGUACGUACGGGACAGGGAACAGGAGUUGGCGUCUGAACAGACCGCCGAACAGCAAGGUAGUCUUGAAACCACUGCACACCAUCAUAUUCCGACCAACCACCAGAAAGCCACUUAUGUUCAACGGAUGACACUUUUUCGGCCAGAUACGAGGGUCCGGAUUGGGUUUUGGGCCUUCAUUAUCUCCCCUUUUCGACUUCUGCUCCUCCCUGCCAUUGUAUGGGCGAGCGUCAUGCUCAGCUUGUUGACGUUCAUGACGAGCGUCGUCUUCACCACUCAAGCUAGGGCGCUUGGCCUGAUGUAUUUCGCUGUGAUCAUAGGCAUGGUCUUUGGAACAGUGUUGGGUGGACCAUUCAGCGACUGGAUCGUGCUCCACCUGUCUCGACGAAACGGAGGUAUCAUGGAGCCUGAAUACCGCCUUUGGGCUUACCUACCGGUCUCCUUCUGGGCCGCCGCCCUCCUUAUCCUGUACGGCGAUGGGGCAAGCUAUGGCGUCCACUGGAUUGUGCCAUGCAUUGGCCUCACACUUAUCGGCCUUGCCAUGAACGCUGCUGCACCGGUUUCGAUGGCUUAUGCAUUUGACUGUUACAAUGAGCUCUCCGGCGAAACGGUUCAAUUGACGAAUUUUCUGCGCAACGCAAUAGGAGGGGCGAUGACUUUUGUUAUCCAACCUUGGAAUACGAGCAUCACUAUCGCGGUGUUGAUGUUUGUGCUCAAUCUCUCCUCGGAUAUGAGAAUCUGGACUGCUGGUCGGUACAGGAGACUUGUUGAGAAGGAGGUGUAUUAUUGAUAAAUUGCG